CAUACACCGCGCGUCAUGCCCAUCGACUACGCGCUCUACCUCGUCACCGGGCGCGACCUCCUCCCGCCCGGUCAGCCCUUCGCCGCCACCCUCGCCGCCGCGCUCGAGCACGGCGUCACCCUCGUCCAGCUGCGCGAGAAGACCGCGGACACGGGCGAAUUCCUCGCGGUUGCGCGCGAGACGAAGGCGAUCUGCGAUGCGCACAACGUCCCCCUCCUCAUCAACGACCGCGCGGACAUCGCGCUCGCUGUCGGCGCGGCGGGCGUGCACGUCGGGCAGGACGACAUGAAUGCGCGGGACGUGCGCAAGCUGCUGCCCGCGGGCGCGAUCGUCGGCGUGUCGUGCAACUCGGCGGACGAUGUGAGGCGCGCGAUUGCGGACGGGGCGGACUACAUUGGCAUCGGGGCGGUGUACGGCACGGCGACGAAGAAUGUCAAAAACCCCCUCCUUGGACCGCGCGCGGUGGGCCCACUGCUUGCGCUGCUGGACGGCACGGACGUACGCGCCGUCGCGAUCGGCGGCAUCAACGCGGGGAACCUCGCGCGGACGCUGCAGGGAUCCGUUAGCGACUCGGGACAUGCGCUCGAUGGUGUCGCUGUAGUCUCCGAUAUUAUGGCCAGCAGAGACCCUGCCGCGGCGUCGGCGAAGCUCGCGGGGAUCGUGAAGGCGUUCAAGGAGGGGAGGGCUGCUUCUGCCCCAUCGGCCGCUCUGAAGGUCGAGGAUCUGCUCGACGGAGUCGUCAGGGUCAUGAAAGUAGUGAAGGAGAUCAACCCGCUUGUCCAUCAGAUAACAAACACCGUCGUCACGACCCAGUCCGCCAACAUCACCCUCGCCGCGGGCGGCUCCCCUAUCAUGGCCACCGCGCCCGAGGAGAUGGACGACUUGGCGAAGGUCGCAGGCGCAGUGCUCAUCAACAUUGGCACGCUGCGGGAGGAUGUGGUGCGGGCGAUGCGGGUGGUGGGCCCCGCCGCGAACCUCUCGCGCACGCCCCUCGUAUUCGACCCCGUCGGCGUGGGCGCGACCGACUUUAGGAAGCGGACGGUGAAGGAACUUCUGGACGCCUUCCAGAUCUCCGUCCUCAAGGGCAACGCGGGCGAGCUCGCGGCCGUGGCCGGAUCGAAUGAGGUCCGCGCCAAAGGCGUCGACAGCGCCGGCCCCGGGUUCGCCGACCCGGCCUGGUUUGUGAGGGGGUUGGCGAGGAAGGAGAAAACCACCACGCUCCUCACGGGCCCCGUCGACUACCUCUCGGACGGGGUGCGCGCCGUGAAGAUCGCCAACGGGCACGAGAUUCUGGGGAGGGUGACGGGGAGUGGAUGCAUGCUCGGCUCGCUCGUGGCCACCUACUGCGCCGCGGCGGCGCAUGUGGCGGACGUGGACGCCGGCUUCGACGGGGAGACCUCGCGCGCGGGCUCUGCGGCCGACACCGUGCGCGGGGAUAUGCUCGUGGGCGCGUUGGCGGGCGUCCUCGUCCUCUCCAUCGCCGCCGAGAAGGCGGUCGCCAGAGGGGACGUAUACGGGCCGGGCACGUUUCUCCCCGCGCUCAUGGACGAGGUCGCGGGCCUGACGCCGGGCGAGGUGCGGGCGAGGGCGAGGGUGGAAGUAGUAUAGCUGCCUCUUCGUUCCUGUCGCGUCCGAGGGGGGAGGGAGCACGGAGAGGAAAAGGGAGGAAAGGAAUUGAAAGAGAGAGGGAAAGGGAGAAGGAACUAACAAGCGAACGGAACGAGAGGAAGGAACACAAAUCAUAGACGAUCAACCUAGAAACCCUGUUGUUGUACUUUUUUGCUUGUCUUAUGCGUCAUUUAUGGGCAACGGUUGGAGACAUCACUCACGUC